GAGGGAGCACACCUCCAUCCUAGUUGCAUAUUUAUUCUUUUUAAUUUUUUCAAUUGUGAGCCCUUCUGGGACUUUUUGUUGGGGAUUUUCUUCCUUCUUUGAAGCGAUAUAAACCAUUUUUAUAUCAAAGAAGGUUGAUGCUUUUAUGUUUAAAAAAAGACAUUGGCGAAGAUUGAAGUGGCGACCUUUUGAGCUACUUUGAAGUCAUGUCGGGCUCCGUCGGACAGAAGAAGGGGCCCGGGAGACAGCGCAAGUGCGGCUUCUGUAGGUCUAAUAAAGAUAACGAAUGUGGGCAGCUGCUGCUGUCUGAAAACCAGAAGGUGGCAGCACAUCACAAAUGUAUGCUUUUCUCUUCUGCCUUGGUGUCGUCACACUCCGAUAAUGAGAGUCUUGGCGGCUUUUCCAUUGAAGAUGUACAGAAGGAAAUAAAAAGAGGUACCAAGCUGAUGUGCUCGUUAUGCCAUUGUCCAGGGGCAACUAUUGGCUGUGAUGUAAAAACCUGCCACAAGACAUAUCACUACUAUUGUGCGUUGCAUGACAAGGCUCAGAUCCGAGAGAAACCCUCCCAAGGCAUUUACAUGAUAUUGUGUCGAAAACACAAGAAAGCACCACACAAUUCUGAAGACUUAGAAGAAGGUCUUAAUGAACACGAGUUGGAACCGUCCCCCCCUAAAAAGAGGGGGCGCAAAGGAAGGCCCAGAAAAAUGAAUCUCAAAGGGCAGCCAGAAGACGCGCGAUCGACAUCUUCACAUGGCACAGACGACAUAGAAAGCAGUUCUUAUAGAGACAGAUCACCUCACAGAAGCAGUCCCAAUGAUACAAAACCUAAAUGUGGAUUCUGUCAUGCAGGUGAAGAAGAAAAUGAAGCUAGAGGGAAGCUUCAUAUAUUCAAUGCCAAAAAGGCAGCUGCACAUUACAAGUGCAUGUUGUUCUCUUCUGGCACUGUACAACUGACAACCACGUCAAGGGCAGAGUUUGGUGACUUUGACAUUAAAACUGUGCUUCAGGAAAUCAAACGAGGGAAAAGAAUGAAGUGUACACUCUGUAGUCAGUCUGGUGCUACGAUUGGAUGUGAAAUUAAAGCUUGUAUCAAGACUUACCAUUACCACUGUGGAGUACAAGACAAAGCAAAAUACAUUGAGAAUAUGUCACGAGGGAUUUACAAGCUUUACUGUAAAAACCAUAGUGGGAAUGAUGAACGAGACGAAGAGGACGAAGAACGAGAAAGCAAAAGCCGUGAGAAGUCGGUCGCUGACCAUAGCAGAGUUCCGCAGCAGCAGCUCAAUGGGAACUAGGUAUGGAUGCUUUCGCCGGACAGCCCUUUUCCUGGAAUGCCGCUGUACAGUUAAUUACUUGUUGUUAGUAGUGAGACAUUUUAAACUGAGCGUAUGCCAAUAAGAAGGUUUUUGUUCUGUUUAAACUGGAGUCCUAUUGCACAAGAGCUGGGGAUGUUUCUCAAAACUAGCAGAUCUUGAUAACAAAGGCUCCUCACUCUUGCUAAUAAACAUAGCAGUCCUUUCCAGUCGGGUUAGUAUGCUUUUCUCUCUUUUAUUCUCUACUAUUUUACAAUGUACUCUUUCUUUUAUUCCCUCCCCAUCAUCUUUUAAACAGGUUCAAGGGACAGAGUUAAACUGGGAAUGAAUAAGACAUCCAUAACUACUAACCUUUUUUAAAAAAAAAUAUUUUUUUUUUUUGCUUUAAGGUCAGAAAAGGGUUAGUAACUUCUCCUUUUUCCCUUAAACAAAAAACCUGCCCGACUGUUAGAAAUGUCAUUGAGCUGCCUGAAAUGUUCAUGUGUGUGAGCCUUCAAGGAGCUGCAGUUUUACAUGUCAAUAUUAUGUAGUUAGUUAGUCUGCAGUGUCUGGAGGGGGGGGAAACAAACCCGAAACACUAUAUAAAUGAUAUGUAACGUGUACAGUGUCAAAGCUGAGGCAGACGUGGAAAUGGUAAACUAUUUCUGGACUGAAUAAAAUCCUGAGGUUUUGGAAUCUGUUAAGUUUGAUGGAUUUGUGCACCAUGGUAAGGUCUGAAGUUUAAUUUGCUCUGCGGACAUGCUUGUGGCAACUGCGAGUCUGUAAACUAGUGCGUUUUUGCAUUUACCUUCACACACAAACUAUGGAGGCAAGCCCAGAGGGAAGCUGUUGAGCCCUCUUUUGCAAAGGCACACAGUAGAGGAAAAAACUCUCCAGCUCCACAGGUGUGCUUCUGAACCUUUUGGGUUAUUCCUGCUACAGUUGUUUCUACUGCCUAGCAUUCCUUACUGGAGAUCUCGAACAGCUGUUGACUCUUGAGCUGUGAACUUCCGGUACUCAUGCCAAAGGGCUGUAGUUCACUCACCACCUCCUCCUCCUGACCAUCCACUUCUUCUCUUCUCCCUCGCUUUACCAACAACCUGUGGCUAAUUGCAACUUAAAACAAAGCCGUCGCUCCUGGAAGCUGCACCCCUCCACCCCCGAACCUCUUAGAUUUCAAAGUUACUGCUUAACUCUCACUAUGGAAUUUAGCCACCUUAUUGGGCAUCAUACCUCAAGUGCUCUGUGCUGCGUGGAACACAUCAUGUUUUGUCCAAAUAAAAAAAUAAAAUAAAUUAUAUCCCGAUCCUGUAUGCUGUAAAGAAGGAUGAAGAAUGAGACUCUGGGUUUUUCUUUGAGUUUUUAAAAAGAGGUCAGUAUUUAUUUUGAGUCUUGUGACCACUAUAUGAGUUUGUCUUUUAACUAUUGAUUCGGGCCUCCUGGCAAAUCAGCAAGUCAAAUGCUGUUUGAAAAUCUACAGAGUGCUCUGUUGGAGCCUAAUCAGCUUGAAAUUAUGUCAAGUCUUAAUAUCCUCAUUACUGUCAAAACCCUGAUAUUUCUAACUGCUAGUCAUUUCUUCCAUUGGUCUACUAAAACCAAUUAUUUUUAAACACAACCCCCCAAAAAAGCAUACUAGUGAGCAAACUCACUCUAGAUUUUUUUCCUCACUUGAAAUUUGAGGCAAAGCAGCAAAUGAAAAUACUGACAAUUUGACAGAAAACCAGAAGGCUCACUAAGCAGUUGAUACUGCAAAAACUUUUUCACAAUAAGAUUGAUGUUUCUGAAGCCUUGUGGAAUCACAUGGCUUGGUGUUUUUAUUUUAUUUUUAACCUUCUAUUGUCUCCUUUUAUUUUUGGUAAUGCAUUUCAUUGUUGUCUUGAGGGACUCAACUGUUGUGUAUAAGAACUUCAAAGACUCUCAAGUUGGGAUCCAAUUCGUUGGGUUUGAAAACUUCCUGGAAGAAUGCAGUUUUAGUAGAAAAGUUGUGUAUAAAAAAAGCUGUUAACUGCUCUUAUGCCAUUGACCAAUUUUUUUUUAUUUUGUAUUGUAACUUUCAAGAUUAAAGGCACAACUUGUACUGAAAUAGAUUUCUACCAGGGUGUGCGCUCUUUCAAAAGCCUGUGUUGUGUGUUUUUUAAGUUGUGUAAUUGUUUCAGAAUACAAACAUCUGUCUUGGUAUAUUA